AGCUUGGGGUGGCUAAUUUAGCUCAUAUAAGAACACAACAUCUUUUAUCUGAAUCUAAAACUAAACUCUCUCUCCCCCUCUCACACGCACGCUCUCUAUCUCUCAGGUUUUUAUCUCCUUCUAGGUUUCAUUUUUUAAAAGAGAAAUGGCGGAUCAAUUGACGGAUGACCAGAUCUCUGAGUUCAAGGAAGCUUUCAGUUUGUUCGAUAAGGAUGGCGAUGGUUGCAUCACAACCAAGGAAUUGGGGACUGUGAUGAGAUCUCUAGGACAGAACCCGACUGAGGCUGAACUCCAGGACAUGAUCAACGAGGUUGAUGCUGAUGGAAAUGGUACAAUUGAUUUUCCUGAGUUCCUGAACCUCAUGGCAAGGAAGAUGAAGGAUACCGACUCCGAGGAGGAGCUCAAAGAGGCAUUCAGGGUAUUUGACAAGGAUCAGAAUGGUUUCAUCUCCGCAGCUGAGCUUCGUCAUGUGAUGACUAACCUUGGGGAGAAGCUUACCGAUGAAGAGGUCGAUGAGAUGAUAAGGGAAGCUGAUGUGGAUGGCGAUGGCCAGAUAAAUUAUGAGGAAUUUGUCAAGGUUAUGAUGGCUAAGUGAUGACCCCCUCCCCACCCGAAAUUUAUUUUUAUGAAUUUAAAUUAGGAGGGGAUAACAGGGUUGUGACUAAUAUAAUGGGAUUUCUAGUUUCCUUGUUUACAAUUUUUAUUCGAUGGUUUCUUAAACCAAGGCUCUUAGGAAGUGGUGUUGGUGGCAUAUCCAGCUGGUUUUGUUGGAA